AUGGACACCUCGCAGCGUCUGUUCCGCUUCACGAAGCCGCAAUGGCUGAAUAGCGCAAACACACGCACCGCAGGCGUCUACAUGGCCGGCGCACUUUUCUCCCUCGGCUUCUUCUUCUUCAUCGACGCCAGCGUCUUCUCCAAGUCCCCCCUCAACGGCUCGACCGUGCACAUCAGCUUCGUGGACUGGAUCCCUUUCAUCUGCUCCGCGCUGGGCAUGCUGGUCAUCAACAGCAUCGAGAAGUCCCGCCUCUCGGCCGACUCGUUCAGCUACAGCGGCAAUGGCGUCGCGUGGAAGGCUCGCACCGUCUUGUUCCUGGGCUUUGCGCUGAUGGCGGGCGGAUUGGCGGGCAGUGUCACGGUGAUGGUGCUCAAGUAUUUGUUCAAGGACUAUGCGUUGCGGACCGUCUACAUGGGGGUUGCGAAUGUCGUGGCCAAUGGGUUGGUGAUGCUGAGUUCCGUCGUGCUGUGGGUGAGUCAGAAUAUGGAGGAUGAUUAUACCUACAAUUUGCAGCUGUGA